CAGCGACCCAGUGUGCCAAGCGUGCCCAGCCCAGCCAUGUUGGGAACCCUUAUAAACUGUUCUAGUAUAAUAUAUCAAGUCCGAUGAGUGAAAGUGAAUUACGAUAUGAUGAGCAGAUAAACAGAUUGCGAAAACGAGAGCACGGAUGGAGCAGCAUCAGUCUCGCUACCACAUGGUAUUGUAAGAAUUCCCCUGACAGGAUUGAUUAGCCGCUAGACUUCACCCAGUCGUAUAACCCCAGCUCCUUCCGCCCUAACCUCGUCUAGUUAUUUUGUUUUGCCCGUUUUUCGAGCAUGCUGAUCGUGCCAAAAAAUAAAAUUUCGCCAAAGGUUUAGAUGUUUGGAACAUAACUACGAGUGAGUGCUCAACAGUUGUAAAUAGCCGCGUGCUCCUCGGCUCUUUGCUUGUGCUUCGAUUUAGAAGUCGCGAUUAUGAUUAGAUCGUCCAUAAUCCUUCCCUAGUCAAUAUCAACAUUGUCAAGAGGAGAUUUAAUUGAGGAAAAAUGGCUGCGUCACCGGGAGAUGAUCCCGACGUGCUUGCUGCGGGUGGGCCUUCAGGCAUAAGCCCUGAAUUCGAGUGCGCGCUCUGCCUCCGGUUACUCUUAGAUCCGGUGUCGGUGUCUUGUGGGCACACCUUUUGCCGCAGCUGCAUCGAGACGAGCUUAGAUCACCGAUCGGCAUGUCCACUAUGCCGACAGCCUAUUGUCGCCGGAAGGAGCAUAAACGUGCUGAUUCAAAACUUGAUUCAAACGCGCUAUCCAGAAGAGUUCAGAGCAAGACAGCAGGAACAGUUGGAGGAGCUCAGGACAGAAGAAGAAGAUGCGCUGAUGGCACGGGACGCAGGAGGACAUGACGGGGCUGGUAAAAUGUUGUGUUAAGUUGUUUGGAAUUCUUGAAUAUUAAAACAUGAGCGUAUGUCGAAUGGUUCGCUAGCGCGGCCGCGCGAGAGGAUGCUCAUUGAAGGAAGCUCGCGUUGAGGAUCGAAGCAUCUAAGUUCGUUGCAAUAUUUGGGAUCUGAUUGUUACAGAAGAUCAUGAAUAGUUGUUAGACGAAUGUUGCGAAGGCAUAGGAAAGUGAGCCAGCCUUUUUGAGCACUUUCCUCUCCGCAUCGUUACAGGCGGUUCUCUCAGGCGUGGCGUAACGAUGUUCGCAAGUGAACGUUUUUGGAAGACGACGCAGGUUUAUUUCCCCGAAGCUCCCUACAUUUUUAAGGCAACUCAGCUUGCAGACGAGCACAUUGUGGACCACUUGCUGGAGACUUCGAGAGAGUUUGCCGUGGAAUUCACGACACUUUAUGGGUCAUAUUACGGGGAGCUUGAUACCGGCGCCAACUCUUCCUCCACUUCGCAACAGGGGACUCGGGGUCCUGGUCCUCGUGGACCCUCAGCAUCUACCUCCUCAAAUAGCGUGGGAUACCUGUUUCAGAUAGAGAGUGCCGAUCGGGACGCGGAUGAUCACGCACGACUCGUCGUUUGCCGGUGCAAGAGCCGCAUCAUAGUUCGGAAUGCCAGGGCCGCUGUACGACCAGAAACCGGAACCGCGAUACGGUACUGCGACGUGACCACGCUCGAGGAUGGUCCCGUAGACGUAACCGAGUUGGUCCUGCCUCACAACUACCGCAGUGUGUGCCUCGACCCAUCCACCGGCAGGCCACUUGUGCCAACCGAGGAUGAGGGUGAUGCAGCGGCACAAGUUUCAGGAGGAGUACGGAGUCCAAGAGAUGGCGCCGAUGCCAGCAUAACCGGAUCGGGAGAACGGGCAAGACAAGCUGGCGAAGCAGGUGUCGAAUUAACUGCGGUAGGCGGCAGCAGAGCGCCGGAGGAGAUAGCCGGCAGAAAUCCCAACCCCCAGGAAGCACAGUACGUUAUAACCCCGUCCUCGACUCCUUCAGAAUCGUCACCCUCAACUGGUCCUCAAAUCCGCCACCGAGGGGACCAGAACAUGGCCGCGAUGGCAGACGAGUGUGGCACGUAUCUAGCCUUUCAUCUCGAGAAAUUAGGACAGCAUGCGCGACAGAGGUUUGUGCAUCACCACGGCGAUAACCCCAUGAGGUCUCAUCGGUCGACCGUGCAGGCGAAGGACGUGGAGAAGCUCACGUGGUAUCUCUGUCGUAUUCUCGCUGCGUCCGCAGAACGCAAGGAGAUGUGGUAAUUCUAUCAAGUUUCGAUUGAAUCAUCUGUCAGUCUGAAAAUGGUUGAUUUAGAUUUUUUUUAGAAUUUCGAUGUGUGAUCUCGGUUAGUACGUGCUGCUAAUCUCAGCUACUCGUACAAUACUGGUAGCCACCAUCUCUAUAUUAGAUAUAUAUUAUAGAAAUAUUACUGUCGUGGCCAGCGCCAGGGAACAAAAGGAGAAAGUUUGUAGCAUGCAUGUACCUCAUACGCUGUCGAAUCAACGUGCUCCUGUACUCCCUGGCAACCACAAGUAUUCUGAUCCCCAGGCUGCGUGCGACGGACCUCAAACUUCGCCUGCAAGACUGCCUCCAAGUCUUUCGAGAGUGCAAGCGACCUGGUGCAUGCUUGUUGAUGCCAGGUAGCGCCGCCUGGAUGAAGCUGCGAAGCCAAUGGUCGAGUGCAGCGCUACUGUUACUAGUGUUGGUUCUACUCUGGCUGAAGGGCACAGGGAGGCUCGAGCAGCUGUCGGGAAGAGGGAAAUACAUGAUCGACGUCGGCGACAGCUACCAGUUUGACCACUACAACUGA